AUGUUACACGUCUAUGCAUAUUUCUUACAACUCAUAUUAGAUUCCCAGUUGCUAAAAAAUAAAGUGAAAAGAAGAAAACGAACCUGUAAAAAGGGUCAAAAACAAUAUUAUUGGUGGAAACAAAAAGUAAGUCGACCAAAAAUAAUAAAGCAGAAAUGGCAGUUUACUGGUACAAAGGCAGAAAAAAAGAAAAAAAAGAAAAAUGACCAGUAA